CCUGAGCACACCUGUAUUACUUUCUUUAUAAUUUGAUCGCGAUCAGAAUGGCAACCGAAACUUACGGCCAUCGAUUGUUGUAUACCGAAAAAGAUAUGUUUUCCACUGACGUUAUUAUGGAAUACGCGACUGAAGAUUGCUAUUUAUCGUGGCCGAGGUCCCCUGACUCUGGUAGGUCCAGCUUGGAGCCUACACCUUCCAUAGACGGCAGCAUCAACCAUGAUUCUACUCACAUCGCCUAUAGAGGAUUAUCAGACGACAUCGUUCUGGAAGACAGUGCUGAAGACGGAGAGAUGGAAGGUUCCAGCAAGAGGAGAGGACGGGCGACCAGUGCAGCUGUAUUGAGAAGAAGAAGAUUAGCAGCUAACGCUCGUGAGAGGAGAAGAAUGCAGAAUCUGAAUAAGGCUUUUGACAGGCUACGAGGACAUCUGCCUUCCUUGGGUGCUGACCGGCAACUCUCCAAGUAUGAAACUCUACAAAUGGCACAAACAUAUAUAGCGGCUCUAUACGAACUUUUACAAUAAAUAUAGGUACGUUAUUAAUAAUAAAUUAU